AUGAGAUCCUUCAUUCCUCUUGGCGCCUUCGUGGCAUCUGUUUCAGCUCAGACUGGGGCUUUCGAACCAGCAGACUUCAACGUGACUGAAGCUUUGAUCGCCAAUGGUGUCAACGUCUCCGCCAUCCCUCAGCUCUCGGGCUUAGUGGAACGGAGCGCACUCAGUGGCUGCUCGAUAGCUUGCUCUUCGUUGAAGCUCAUAUAUGGCAGCGGAAAGCUCCUAUCCGAACAAACCUCAGCCUAUGACGCCUUCACUGCCACAUACUGGGCUGCCCAACAGGGCGCCUUGAACCCUCAAUGUAUCUUCGAACCUUCAAACACGGUGGAAGUGUCUUCAUUGGUCUUGAUAUCUCGUCUCACUCAGUGCCCUUUUGCCGUCAAGGGUGGCGGCCAUGCUGCUUUUGCUGGAGCAUCGAGCAUCGAGGGCGGAAUCACUGUUUCGAUGAAGAGAUUCAACACCGUCGCGGCAUCCAACGAUAAGAAGUACGCCAAUGUUGGGCCAGGUAAUCUAUGGGUCGAUGUCUACACCAAACUUGAGAAGUCAGGCCUUGGAGUUGUUGGUGGCAGAAUGGCUCCAGUAGGUGUUCCAGGUCUCGUGUUGGGUGGCGGUAUCUCCUUCUUUUCGAACAAGGUGGGAUGGGCCUGCGACAACGUUGCUGCCUACGAAGUCGUUACAGCUUCUGGUCUCGUGGUAACCGCAACCCCAACGAAAUUUCCCGACUUGUACUGGGCACUUCGUGGGGGCGGUGGGAACUUUGGCAUCGUUACAAACUUCAAGCUCGAUGCGUUCCCACUCGGCCAAAUGUGGGGCGGUCAACGCAUCUUUACAGAGAACAACUUUACUGGCGUACUCGAUGCUCUCUACAACUUCGCCCUUACCGGAUCCUCCAAGGACACUGACGCUGCUGAGAUUGUUUCUUUUGGAUUUGAGUCCAGUAUCGGAAAAAUGGCGAUCGUACAAACACACUACGCACAACCUGUCGCCGAUCCUCCCGUAUUCGCGGAGAUCAGAGCCCUCUCUCCCGUGAUGGAUGACACAGCAUUUGGCACGCUGGCCAACAUGACUAUGAAGAUGAACGGCGGUAGUGCUGAGGAAGAGCUUGGCAACCGCCAGACUAUGUGGGACGUGUCUCUCAAAGUCGACCGCGAACUCUACACCUAUCUCGUCAACACCUACUACACGCUGCUUCCAGAUAUUCAAAACGUUGAAGGUCUUUCGCCGUACAUUUCCAUCCAAGCUAUCACAGAAGGCCAACUCAAAGGCAUGCAGAAGAAUGGCGGUAAUGCGCUCGGUCUUGACGCCAGCAAGGGACCCUAUUUUGUCAUGAACAUGAGCGCCUGGUGGAACAAGGCUUCGGAUGAUGCUGCUGUUCUCAAGUUCUUCUCCACUGUCAUGAACAAGGUCAAGGCUUAUGCGAAGAGCAAAGGUUUGGACAAUGACUACAUCUACAUGAACUACGCAAGCGAGUUUCAAGAUCCUCUGGCAAGCUAUGGAUCGGCGAAUGUAGCGAAACUGAUCGCUGUGAGCAAGAAGUACGACCCUGCUCAAGUGUUCCAGAAGCUACACCCAGGUUACUUCAAGUUGGGCCAAGGAGCGCCCAACAAGAACAUGCCAUGA